AAACUCACGACUUACACUACUUUGCGAGAAACAAAACAUUUAUUCACCGUACAUAGGCACAUCAUGAAGCCUCUCAACUCUCCUAUCCUAUCCCAUCAGUCAAUCCCGGAGCUCCUGCCGUCGCCCGGGACUAAAUCAUGUUCCCAGAAGGCCGAAGUCUUUACGCAAUCUGAGACUUCACCAGCGCACCUUAUCUCUACCUCGAAGACCCCACUCAAUCCUAAUUCAAAUAGGGUGUCUAUUCAACAGCUCAGCCAAAUCCCAAACGUUAAAAGGGAUUCAACAAAAGCAUCAGAUCUAGCAGUCCUUCCGUUUCCUUCUACUUGUACCUUACCUCCACCUACUAGAUUUACGAAAUACAUGAAAACGAUGAAGUCUAAAUCUCAAUAGCACGGCUUGAUAUUACUGCCUCUAGCACGCUAGAUAGUUCGUAAACGCCGCG